GAGGGGAGCCUGUAUGUUGGAGAGUAGUCUUACCAGGGUCAUGACAACGUAGAACAUCAUGCUACCAACUUAUGCCAUCAUCUUUCUAGAGAUUAUAGUUCUAGUAACUAGUCAAAAGAAAGAAGAAAAAAAAGACGACAUCGAGUUCGUCUGCCCUGAAGAAGCUGGAAAUGGGAAUUUUGCCGAUCCUGCUACAUGCAGACGAUUCUACCAGUGCGUUGACAACUAUCCUUACCUAAACCGAUGCCCAUCGGGUCUUUAUUUCGACGAUGUUAACAAAUUGUGCACUUUUAAGGCGGAAGCACGUUGUGGACCGCUUCCAACAACUCCGGCUCCAAGCACCGAGCCGCCUGUAGACUUGGCUGAGAAGUGCGAUUUAUCUCAAUGCCAGCUGCCGUACUGCUUUUGUUCACGAGAUGGGACGCUUAUCCCUGGCGGCCUGGAUCCUGAAAAGACACCUCAAAUGAUCCUGCUGACAUUCGACGGUGCAGUGAACUUGAACAACUUCGACCACUACAAAAGGGUCUUCUCUGAAAACCGUCAGAACCCCAAUGGAUGCCCCAUCAAAGGGACUUUCUUCAUCUCCCACGAGUAUUGCAAUUAUAACAUGGUCCAGGAGCUGGCCCACGAAGGCCAUGAAAUUGGAACGGAGACAAUUUCUUUGCAGAAUGGUCUCCAAGACAAAGGAUAUGAAGAAUGGGUCGGCGAAAUGAUCGGGAUGCGAGAAAUUCUUAGGCAUUUUGCAAACAUAUCUAGAAGUGAAAUCGUUGGUAUGAGGGCACCGUUCUUAAAACCAGGAAGGAAUACGCAAUACCAGGUUAUUGAAGACUUUGGUUUCAUUUAUGACAGCUCUGUGGGAAUCCCACCCUAUAAAGUCCCGAUCUGGCCUUAUACUUUAGACUACAAGAUCCCUCAUGAAUGCAAAUCUGGGACAUGCCCCACAAAAUCAUUUCCAGGCAUCUGGGAAGUUCCAUUAAAUGCCCAUUUUGUUGAGACAUACGAGGGUGGCCAUUGCCCGUACCUAGACCAAUGUGUGCUCCAUAAUCACGAUGCCACCGAGGUCUUUGAAUGGCUCAGGGAAGAUUUUGAACGCUACUACAACCAAAACCGGGCACCUUAUAUGAUGCCGUUCCACACCAACUGGUUCCAGAUCAAGGAGCUGGAAAAUGGCCUUCAUAAAUUUAUUGACUGGGCUAGCAACCUAGAGGAUGUUUGGUUUGUGACUGUUACUCAAGCAUUGACUUGGGCUACAGAUCCAAAAUCUACAAAAGAGUUGAGCACAUACGAACCUUGGAAAUGCAACAAAAAGGAAAAUCUUCCUCCAAAGCCGUGCAAUCUACCUAACAAAUGUGCUCUCUCUUUCAAGCCCCCAGAGGCCAACUUCACAAGUACAAGGUAUUUAACAACAUGCAGAGAGUGUCCUAACAAGUACCCAUGGCUCGGCGACUCCGAGGGUACAGGAAUCGCUGGAAGGGAUGUCUACCAAAGGGAAAACUAAUCAUCUCAAUAUUCUAAAUAAAAGGCUGCAGUUUUAAAUGUUUCAAAAUGAGGAAACAGUCGUAUUUCUCAUAACAAACCAUGAAGACUUGUAAUGUACAGGUGAUGUCGUGUAUAUACAAUAUUAAACAAAUAUCAUCUGUA